UACAGAGAGAAUGGGUGCGGUACGACGUUUAAAUUUAUGUCCUUCCAAACUAAAAAUAUUCCAUUUCUAUCAAGUGCGUGUUUACUCAGGCGUGAAGGCCCAGGUAAAAGUGUGUUGGGAAACAGGAUGUAAUAGGAGGCGUAGAAAGUUUUGUAGGAUUAACGUUGGCAGUAGCAGACAAAAGCUGUUUUGGUGUUAUAGAGAAUUUAUCACUGCCAGGAGCUUGAAAACAGAGACAACCAGACUUCUCUAAGCAGGAAAAAGCAAAACGAAAUGUCCUGUUAAACUUGUCAUUGAUAAGUAUAGGCCUGUACAGUCAGCUACUGCACCUCCACAGCAGGACCUAUACUUAUAUAUUUACGUGAACAGAAUACUUACAUAACACACACUGUUGUAACAGAGAAUAGUCAUGGACUAGAGAGAGGUGUAAGCACAUUGAACUACAUCCUGUUCGGAGGAUACACACCAAAUGCAGGUAUAAUGUUUGCGUGUAUUGUAUUCCUGUCUCUGUUGGUCACUGUUCACGCAGUGUCACGCCCUCCUAGAAUAUACAACCAACCAGAUGAUAAUGUUUACUACAAGGCUGGAGAAAAAGUUGAACUUCCUUGUGAGGCAGAUGGUGAACCUAAACCUUCCUUUGAAUGGACCAGAAAUGACAUCACGUACUCUCCAAAAGAUGAAGACGGAAUGAUAGAUAGAGUUCUACAAGCUGGAACACUCGUUUUUUAUAGUCCAGAAGACAGAGAUGAGGGAAUAUAUCAAUGUUUUGCUAAAAAUGAUUUUGGAAGGUCUGCUAGUAAAAAAGUGAAUUUGAGGCAGGCCAAACUGGCAAGUUUUGCUUUUGCAAGACCUACUUACCAUACACCAUCAUUGGGAAGACCUUACACACUUCCCUGUGUACCACCAGAAAGUGUUCCUCCUGCCAGUGUCUUCUGGAUAACUAAAACAGCCCAAGGAGGUUAUAAUGUUGUCAAUUAUGACUCCAGAGUCACCAUGGACAGAGAAUAUCGUCUGAGGAUAACCAACGUCAAAAGAGAAGAUUUCAAUGGUGGCAAUCCUUAUGCGUGUAUGGCACUCAACACAAUUGCGAGAGGCAACUCUCAGGGUCCACUACACUACAUCACACCAAUAGGAGUGACUGAAGACUUUAUGAAAGUGGAGUACUUUUGGUCUGAUCAGGAUGACAGAGUUGGACUACUUGGCUCCACUUUCACUAUCAAGUGUAUAUUUUCAGGAAACCCCACCCCUGACGUACACUGGGACAGAACAGACAAUGAACCAAUGUCUGAGAGAGUGACUAUUCCAAGCUCUACACAAGAGUUACAGAUAAACAAUCUACAGUUUGAAGACGCAGGGCUAUACGAAUGUUGGGCAACUAACCCACUUUCCCUAGAUCGCAAAAAUCGAACAUUUACAGUUCGAGUUCAAGCUAAGCCCUAUUUCAUGCAGGAGUUACAGAACGUUGAGCUGGGUAUUAAUGAAACAGCUGAAUUUAUGUGUCUAGCUGCUGGAGACCCCAGACCAAGUAUAGAAUGGUAUAUCAACGGCAUACCAUUACCAGAUGUGAUGGAUCCUAGAAUAGCUGGGCCGAGGUUCAAACACCCUCAAGAGAAUAAGAUCGUCCUGGAGAAUGUUGAGCUGUCAGACUUUAUGGUCAUUCAAUGUAACGCUUCUAACAUUCAUGGAUACGUCUUCGCAGACUUUUACUUGAAAGUUUCUGCUGGUCCUCCGAAUAUCACAACCGCUCCGGAAAAUGAAACCGAGGCUGCAGAGGGACAACAAGUAGAGUUAUCCUGUGAAAACAAAGGCAAUCCCAAACCAAGACUUACUUGGUAUAAAGACAAUGUAGAAAUAACAGGAGGUGAACAUUUCAGAAUUUUACCCAAUGGCUCUCUACUUAUUAAGCAAGUUGUACUUCCAGACGCUGGACUCUACAAAUGUAAGGCAGAAAAUAUUUACAAUGUGACUGAAGCAAAUGGAACCCUGAUAGUACGUCGCAAGACUCGAAUAGAACACUUCCCAGAAGAUCUUACUGUCUACGCACUAACUGAGGCCCAAUUCACGUGUUCAGGUUCGACGGACCCUGAGAAAAUUUCUGAUUUAAAAAUAUUUUGGCAAAAAGAUGGAAGACCUAUAACAUUUUACGAUCAGAGAAUGACUACAUACGCUGGUUCACUGGUCAUUUGGGAGCCCAUAGUCAGGGACUCUGGAACUUACACAUGUAUUGUGACAAACGGGUUAGAAAACCAGACCGCGUCUGCCUCAUUGUUAGUCCAAGACAGGCCAGAGCCACCAACCAAUGUACGUUGGAUAUUUUGCAAUAAAAACGCUACCAUCUUGUGGAUGCCCGGCAGUUACAACUAUGCCCCAAUCAAGUACUAUGUUCUACAGUACAAUACUUCAUUCAAUCCUGAUCAGUGGACAUUUGGACUUAAAGUGAAUGCCUCUUUAAGUCAGGUGAACAUGACUUUAUCGCCACAUGUCAACUACACCUUCAGACUAAUUGCGUACAACAAGAUAGGUGCCAGUGACCCUAGUGCCCCCACACCUACAGUCUGCUCUACCAAACCAGACCGACCUUACAUCCACCCUCAGAACCUCCGCACUCUGGGUCACCGGUAUGGAAAGCUUUACAUUGAAUGGACUCCGGUUCCACAAAUCAUGCAACAUGGUCCCGGGUUUUACUAUGUUUUACAAAUUCUACCUGUUGGGGCGCAGGCAGAAACGCAGAUAGAGAGUAGGCCUAUUGAUGACUGGAGAACUAGUCAUUAUGAAAUGAAUGCUGCAAUGAUUUAUGAACCCUAUAUGAUUUCAAUUAAAGCCAUCAACAGUGUGGGAGAAGCUUCUGCAGAUCCACCAAUAAUAAUUGGUUAUUCAUAUGAAGCCCAACCCACUGUAACCCCAACAAAUUUCUUGGUAGAAGAAGAAGGAGAUACGUACGCCAUUUUCAGUUGGGAGUUUGACAAAUCUGAAGCCAAUAAAACUCAGUCAAGAAUAAGAGGAGAAUUCAGAGGAUUUCAGAUCAUAUUUUGGGAGCAGACUCAGAAAGCACUUACAGUCAGAGAGCAAGACAUUGGUCCAGAUGUAGUGAAGAAUGCAACAGGGAAUACAUUCACUGCUAGAGUAGAGAACAUGGUACCCAAUACUAAGAUGGAGGCCCAGAUAGCUGUCUUGAACAACUACUUUAUAGGUGUACCUACAGAGACCGUAAGGUUCACUACUCAACCCGGAUUUCCAGGAUCGGUGGACUAUCUACGCAUUACCAGGAUAGGAGCAACGAAUGUUGACCUGAAGUGGGAGAAACCAUUUGAAAACAGAGGAAACAUUGAAGGCUAUGAUAUUAGUUAUCGUAAAGUCAAAGACUUAUCUCUUGGUGUGAUCUUGGACAAGGAUCCUCAAAUCGAUGACCCGAACGUAACACAAUCCUAUCUGGAUGGUUUAUUACCAAACACAAAGUACAGAGUCUAUGUCUAUGCCAGGACAGCAAAGGGGAGAGGAGAGGAGUACUUUAUAGAGUUUGUUACAGCGGCGUAUCCUUUCCGACCUGACCCACCACGUAACAUUUCGUGGACUUCCUGUGACCAAAACGCUACAGUUUCAUGGACGCCCGGAAGUGAGAACAACUCCACAAUGCAGUAUUUCAUAAUACAAUACCAAACGUCAUUGAAUGCUUCUGAUGACUGGACUUUUGGGGUUAAGGUAAACGGUUCCUUUCAACAAGCCAAUAUGACCUUAUUUCCUAAUAUGAAUUACACAUUAAGAGUCGUUGCUUACAACGCCUUAGGUGCCAGUGAUCCCAGCUCCCCUUCUUCAGAAGCGUGCUCCACAAAAGAAGACAGGCCUGUCUCACACCCUAAAGACUUAAAGACACUUGGAAACGAAUUUGGAAGCUUGUACAUUGAAUGGACGCCCGUUCCAGUCAUUAUGCACGGUGGUCGUGGGUUCUAUUACAAACUGGAAAUAACUCCAUUGAACCAGUCAGAAAGUGUGAACGAAACAGUCAUUGUAACUGACUGGACUACGCACUUCUAUUCUUUAAAAGUUCAAAAUGUAUAUGCACCUUACAGGAUCACGAUCCAAUCAUUCAAUAGUCACGGAGAGUGCACGUCACCACCACCAACCAUCAUUGGCUAUUCCUUUGAAGCAAAACCUGUUAUAACUCCAACGAGUGUUGUUGUUGAAAAUGUUGGUAAAACAUUCGUGAUAUUAAGCUGGAGUUUCGAUAUUCAUGAAAUUCUAAACAAUAGUUCAAAACUCAGAGGAGAAUUUAAGGGAUUUAAGAUAAUUGUCCGGAGUCACGAUAAGGAAGAUGUGCUACUUGAGCACCUGACCGGUCCAGACAUUGUGUCCAAAGUUUCAGGCAAUACAUUUACAGCUCUGGUGGAAGGUUUACCAGGAUACACUUUGCUGACAGCUGGUGUUGCAGUUUUGAACACUUACUAUCAGAGUGACUCAUCAAGUUCUGUUAACUUCACAACUGGAUAUGAAGCUUUACAAAUACUAACAUCUCCAGCACGUCAUAUGAAUGCAACAAGUGGAAAACAAGUUUCAAUGAUGUGCAAGACAUCUGGUAAACCCAAAGCCCAGAUCACAUGGUACAAAGACUAUGUGCAUAUAACAGGAGGUCAAUACAGUGUACUAUCUGACGGUUCAUUAGUUAUUCAGUCUGCUGUGUUGACAGACUCUGGGCAUUACAUUUGCCGGGCUAACACAACGUACGAGGUGAAAUUGGCGGGAACUCAUCUUCUCGUUCUCAACUAAACAAGCACGACACCACUUUAUUUAUCUUGCUUUUUGUGAUCACAUGGAGCCUAAUAGGCCUACGUAUCACUUUCAAAGACACUUUGUGAUCACAUUGAGCCUAGUAGGCCUACGUAUCACUUUCAAAGACACUUUGUGAUGUGAGUCUUGAGUUUGGACAAUAUCUUCCCUUGCUAAAUCACGUCAAGGAAGCGACAUUGAAAUUUAGUCUUGACAAAGAAUUGAGCUAUAUUUUUAACAUAACCACCAUGCGUAAAAGUCUCUAUACCUAACAAUUCCUUCAUGUCCGGGCAGUACAGAAGAAAGGCGAUCGCUCACGUGUGGGCAGUCCUACACAGGCAAAUGUAGCAAAUGUACCGUCCAGGUUUUCCCCCAGCAAUGGAAUGGUCACUCUGACCGCUAGCUAAUUGCCCAUUUGUUUUGAAGUAAGUUAUAAGUCAAAGAAUGAAAUUAUAAUGCUUUCUCCAUUUUGAAAUAUAUUGUGCUACUAAAUUUGAUUCAGCAGUGCUACAAAGUCAUAAAAAAUUCUCCUAUACCUUUUACAAAACGUAUCGUAUCAACGAUUCCUUUCUUUGUAAACAGAAAAUACCAACAAAAAUAAUUUAUAGUUUUGCACCUGUAUGAAAAUCUAUAAGGAGCUGAUGCUACAAUAUGGUGAAAAUGUAAAACCUUUGUCCAGUAUCUCAUGUAGCAAGUAACUCCUGAACUGAACUUAUUUAUAGACAGGACAUACCUAGAAUGUUAAUUGAACUACUUCUGUGUGGUCAAUGUUAUACUUCAGACAAAAUAUUUGAUUUAGACCCAUUAAUUAUAUGGUCACAGUUUGUUCUCUCCCUAUCAGAAAAUCUUGAAUUCAUUGAUGUAUUGAACCAGUAGUGCCAAAUUAUUUACAUUUUGGAUGAAGCUCUGGUGGUGGACUUUGUCAAAUGCCUUAGAAAAAUCUUAUUAAAUAGCAACUAUAUGUUCGAUAUUAUCUAAGACUUAAAAAAAAAUCAUCAUUUUGUUCUAUUACUUGAGUUUCGCAUGGUGUAUAUUUCCUAAAGCCAUGUUGGUGUGAAGCAUAAGGAUAGAAAUGUAUAUCAUGCGUUCUAAAAUUUUACAUAUUAUGUUGGUCAGAGAUACUGGUCGGUAGUUUCCUUGGUCAGAUUUUCUUUUUCUUUUUUUUAAAUAGGGGAGUGAAGUUAGUUUCUUUCCAGCUCUGAUUAAGAGAUGCCUGAUAAAUUUAUUUUGAAAAUGAUGCUAGCUCAACACUUAGUUCAUUGAGUAAUCUAGCUGGAUCACUAUCAGGUCCAGACAAAUGAUAGAAUCAGAGCGUAUUGAGAAUGCUAAAAGCAUGAACGAUUGGUAAAAAAAAUAUUUCUAAUCCCACAGAUAUAUUUGUGUUACUAUAGAUAUAUUACAAAUUUAUUACAUGACAUCCAUACCAAUACCAACGCAUUAAUAGCAAAAGCAAAAGUUGUUAAAUAAAGUGCUUAUAUUUCGAUAUUUCUUGUUUCUCUAUAUAAAAAUGUGACUCAAGUUAUUCUGAAAGACCUAACAUUGAUCAAUUACUAGCCACAAAGUUGUGCCUCUUGAAAUGGUAUACUUGGACGUCUGCAAGACUAGACGUGGUGUGAAUGUGUUGUUGUCUAAUAAAAUUACUUUUGACUGAACAAGUACCUUUUUAUAUACAUUCUGUUUAAAUUUCAUAUAACAACUAUAAUAUUGAUAAAAUUUGAUUCUCUGAAGUUCGAUUUUUUUAUUUUGUAUAAACUGUUUCGAUUAUAUACUUAUAUAUAUAUAUAUAUAUACUAUAUCUAGACUGGACACGGACAUUUUUUAAACACUACAAAAAAAAGUUAAAAAUGUUUUUUAAAGUUGAAACAAGGCUGUUUUGUAAAGUAGUUAUAAGAAAUAAAGCUGUUGUUUUUUUUCCAACCCUAACCUAUGUAACAUAUAAUUUAAUUUUUAGAUCUAGAUCUUGUAAUUUGACAUAAAAAAUAAGAGUACUCUUGUCUCAUUAUUAUUAUUUUGAAAUUUAUUGAAAUCUAGAAAGAUCUAGGUAAUCAAUAUAUUUAAAUGUACAUAAGAUGAUUAAAAUCAACAGACAUUAAUUAUUUCGAUCUAGGAUUUUUUAUACAUCUACUCAAUGGAAACUAACAGGAAAAGGCUUUAUUUCAUAUAUUAGCGUGAAUAUAUAGUUAUAUAUCAUCUUAUAUAAUACAGACUUUACUUCAAAAAAGAAUAUGAUUACGUCCUACGCGUGAUGCAUUUAGUCAUGCAUAUUAACCAAUGACUUAAAUUUUGCCAAGUCACUGGUUUUCCUGGCUAGCUCAGGCAACCCAUUCCAUGCUCUAAUAGCACUGGGGAAGAAGGAGUAUUUGUACAAAUUUGUCCUAGCAUAUGGGACGAGGAAUGUGCCUUUAUCUUUGUGUCUUUCUGAGUAUUUUAUUUUAAAUUUUGUUUUUGUAUUUGAAGAUUAUGGUUCAGUGUUUUAUGUAUAAUUGCUACUUUACUUUUAAGUCUUCUAUCCUGAAGGCUUUCUAAAUUUUGUGAUUUUACUAAAUGUGUUACUCAAGUCAAAUGUGAAUAUUCGUUUGUUAUGAAUCUCACUGCUCUAUUUUGUGUCUGUUCCAGUUUCUUAAUGUUUUCUUGAGUUGAGGGGUCCCAAACGGAGGAUGCAUAUUCUAUUAUUAGCCUAACCAAGGUUAAAUAACAUUUUAGUUUUAUGUUCUUAUUUGAUUUAUAGAUAUUUCUUUUAAUAAACUCUAAUGCUUUGUUUGAUUUUUUUUAAAGUUUCAUCAAUAUGAGGAUUCCAUGACAGUUUUUCAUUUAUUAUAACACCUAGGUAUUUUGCCUUUUUAGUCUAAGUUACUGGUUUACCAUAAAUAAGAUAAGUGGAAUUAAUUUGUUUUAGUUUUUUUGUUUCUCUUACAUUUUUCUGGGUGGAAAGACAUGCUCCAAUUUGAUUCCCAUUUCUGUAAUUCAUCUAAUUCUCUUUGUAAAAUAUCUGUGUCUUGUGUUGUUUUUAUUGUUCUAUAUAUUAUGCAAUCGUCUGCGAAUAAUCUGACUUUUGUUCCUGAAGUAAUGCAAUUUAGUAAAUCGAUUAUGUAAAUUAAAAAUAGUAGUGGACCUUAGAUUGUUCCUUGAGGUACGCCCGAGUUUACUGUACUGAUGAUCAUUAUUUUUACAGUUAGUUCUCUCCCUAUCAGAAAAUCUUUAAUCCACUGAUGCAAUGGACCAUCAAUGCCAAAAUAUUUUAAUUUUUUAUGCAAACUAUUGGGGGUGAAUUUUGUCAAAAGCUUUGGAAAAAUCUAGUAAAAUACCAUCUAUUUGCUAACUGUUAUCUAAACCUUUUGAAAAUUCAUCAAUUAGUCCUAUUAGUUGUGUUUCACAUGAUCUUUAUUUCCUAAAGCCAUGUUGGUAUGGAGUAAGGACAUUAUGUUUGUCUAAGUGGUUCAUGAUGUUCCUACAUAUUAUGUGUUCUAGGAUUUUACAUGUGAUGCUGGUAAAUGAUACUGGUCUGUAGUUUCCUAGGUCAGUUUUUUCUCCUUUUUAAACAGAGGGGUGACAUUAGCUUCUUUAAGUCCCUUGGUACUUUUGCCCUGGUUAAGAGAUGCCUGAAAAAGUAUUUUGAAUACUGGUGCUUGCUCAUUGUUUAGUUCUUUGAGUAAUCUAGCUGGAACACCAUUAGGUCCAUAUGGUUUAUUUGGUUUGAUGUUGGCUAAUAGUUUUUGAAUUCCAUUUUCUUGUACUUCUAUAUUUCCUAUGUUGUCUACUUGGUUCAAAUUAGGUAAUAUGUCUUUGUCUCCUGGGGCUGAGCAUGCUGUGUUACGUUAUGUGAUUAAUAGCCCAUUCUAAAGAAAAUCCGAGAAAUGAUUUUGAUUUUGCAUUAUUUCUAAACUUCUCUUAUAUUUUGAAAAUUAAAGAUCAUUACUUUUCUAAGACAGAAAAGAUUGAUUGGGGCGACUUCCAUUAGAGCUUGAAAAAGAGUUACGUACAUAAAUAUAUAUAUAUAGGUCUGUGAAUCGAUCAAACACGGAUAAGAAUUACUUUCCGGUUUCCAGUCUAGAUAUAAUAUAUAAGUCUAUGGUUUAGAUAUUGUAAUUAAAUAAUAUCGUACAUCAAUAGAAUGUUUGUGUCCCUAAACUGAUGUUUAUGUGUUUUUUUAUAACUCUUGGACAUUUUUACUUAUACAUUGAUGUGCCAAAGUAUUUUGUUUUACAUUUUCCAUAAUUAAACACUGUCAUUGAUUGGUUUAUA